UGCCUUCAAUUUCAUCAGCACUGGCACCGUAGACCAAGCUGAUGCUCUCCUCAAAUGGAAAGAUACUCUCAACAACCAAAGCCAAUCUGUUCUCCAUUCAUGGACACUACUUCAUCCUAAUGCAACUAAUUCCUCUCUGCGAUCUGACCCAUGGUGCGGUUGGAUUGGAAUUGCUUGCAAUCAAAGGGGAAUCAUCACUGAAAUUAUCUUACCAAGUAUGGGCUUACAAGGUAUGGUUGAGAACUUCCCCUUUCCUUCAUUUUCUGCUCUUACAAGUCUCAAUCUCACUAAUAAUUCAUUCCUUGGCACUGUUCCAUCCAACGUUACUAACCUGUCGGUUAUCAACUACCUUGAUCUGUCCAUGAAUCAGCUCUCUGGAUUAGUUCCAACUGAAAUCUUCUUACUUACCACUCUUAAAAUCUUGUUUCUUGAUCAGAAUCAUUUCAGUGGAUCAAUACCUUACGGUAUGGGAAGAUUGAAAGACCUUACUAUUCUGACCAUGUACUCCAACAACCUCUCUGGUUUCAUACCUGAAUCUCUAGGUAAUUUGAGCAAACUACAUGAGCUCUCUUUGUAUGAAAACAGUCUCAUUGGUUCAAUCCCUACAUCUAUAGGAAAGUUGAGAGAUCUGUCCGUUCUAUACCUGUACCAAAAUCAACUUUCAGGUUUCAUUCCCAAGGAAAUUGGAAAUUUGACAAAGCUCAGGUCGCUCAGCCUGGAAAAUAAUCAUCUAAUUGGUUCAAUCCCUGAAGAAAUAGGAAAUUUGAAGUCACUUACUGCUCUAUACUUACCUCUGAACAAUCUCAAUGGUUCAAUCCCUUCCUCUUUAGGGAAAUUGAGAAACCUAACCAUUUUAUACCUCCCUCUGAAUCAACUCUCUGGUAGGAUUCCUCUAGAAAUAGGAAAUUUGACAAGUCUGGUUGACCUACAAAUUCCCUUCAAUAAUCUAACUGGACGCAUCCCUUCCACUUUUGGAAACCUACAGAAGCUCACCAGUUUGAACCUGCUGGAAAAUCAACUUUCUGGAUCACUCCCUCGAGAAAUAGGAAAUCUCACGGAAUUGGUUAGCUUACAAUUGUCAAAUAACCAAUUCUCAGGUAGUCUGCCACAAGGGUUAUGCAUGAGUGGAUCACUAGAAAAAUUCACUGCUCGUAACAACCAUUUCACAGGUCUUAUUCCGAAAGGCUUCAAAAACUGCACAAGCUUAGUUAGAGUUCGACUUGAAAAUAACCAACUUGUAGCAAACUUAUCAGAAGACUUCGAGAUUUAUGAGAAUCUGAUUUACAUUGAUUUGAGCAAUAAUCAAUUGCAUGGUGAACUUUCAUCGACCUGGGGACAAUGCCAAAACUUGCAAGCUCUACAGAUGGCUGGGAACAAUAUUACAGGUAAGAUACCUCCAGAGCUUGGGAUGUUAAGUCAACUGGGUCAACUUGAUCUUUCUUCAAAUUACCUGGUGGGAGAAAUUCCUAAGGAAUUUGGUGAGUUGAUAUCCUUGCUAAAUCUUAGCUUGAGUGACAACCAACUUUCUGGCAGUUUACCAUUAGAAGUUGGAAGGCUAAACAGCCUAACAUAUCUUGACUUGUCAACAAACAGUUUGAGUGGAAACAUACCAAAAGAAAUAGGGAACUGCUCCAGUUUAUUAUAUCUUGAUUUAAGCAACAACAAAUUUUAUGGAAGCAUUCCAUUUCAAAUUGGCAAUCUAGUUUACCUUCAACUUCAAUUGGACCUUAGUCAAAACAGGCUCAGUGGAGAGAUAUUAUCACAGUUUAAAAAUUUAGGGAGCUUGGAAAUGUUAAAUCUCUCCCACAAUCAACUCUCAGGUACUAUUUUCUCCGCAUUCGAUGGAAUGUCUAGCUUGACAUCCAUUGAUAUAUCUUAUAAUGAGUUCGGGGGUCCGAUUCCAAACAACAGAGCCUUUCAAAAUGCUACAAUAGAAGCUUUGAGAAACAACAAAGCAUUGUGUGGCAAUGCAAGUGGCCUGCAACCUUGCAUAUUAUCCUUUCCGGAAGGAGAAAAGGAAAGACCAGACCACAAAAUCCUGAUUGCUGUCAUGGUUCCAUUGUUAGGUGUGCUAUUUCUUCUGUUUGCUUUUGUUAGUAUUGCUUGUGUUGUCUACCGAAGGGAAAGAAUUAUUGAAACAGGCCAAAGAACAACAACAAAUGAUACAGAUUUAUUUUCAAUAUGGAAUUAUGAUGGAAGAAUAGUAUAUCAAGAAAUUGUUGAAGCAACUGAGGAUUUUGAUGCCAAAUAUUGCAUCGGGAUGGGGGGAUAUGGAAGUGUAUACAUAGCAACGCUGUCAACUGAUCAAGUAGUCGCUGUGAAAAAGCUUCACCAACCAUUACCUGAUGAGUGUGAGAAUGCCAACAUACGAACAUUUAGAAAUGAGAUUUGUGCAUUGACAAAACUGCGACACAGAAACAUUGUGAAGCUAUAUGGUUUUUGUUCAUCUGCGCAGCACUCCCUUCUAGUUUAUGAGUAUUUUGAGAGAGGAAGUUUGGCUAAGAUCCUCCACAACAAUGAGGUUGCAUCAGAAAUGGAUUGGAUAAAAAGGGUUAAUGUUAUUAAAGGUGUGGCAAAUGCUUUGUCUUACAUGCACCAUGAUUGUUCACCACCAAUCAUUCACCGCGACAUAUCGAGCAACAAUAUUUUGUUGGAUGAAGAAUAUGAGGCAUGUGUGUCUGACUUUGGCAUCGCUAGACUUUUAAAGCCCGAUUCAUCCAAUUGGACUUCUCAAGUAGGGACAUGGGGAUAUGUUGCUCCAGAGCUUGCCUACACGAUGAAGGUGACUCGAAAAUGUGAUGUUUAUAGCUUUGGGGUAUUGACAUUAGAAGUGUUGAUGGGAAGGCAUCCAAGUGAACUCAUCUCUACAUUAUUAUCAUCAUACUCAGUACUGCCAUCCACAAAGCAAAUGAUGUUGUUGAGAGAUCUGAUGGACAAAAGGCUCUCUCCUCCCACGAUUGACAUGGUUGAAGAGCUUUUCUCUGUUAUGAAGCUAGCAAUCACAUGUAUAGCCACUACCCCGCAAUCCCGGCCUGAAAUGCACUAUGUGUCUAAGAAACUAUCAUCUUAAAUCCAUCUUUUA